UAUGACAAAGAGGUUAAUCUUUGUCUAUGACUAGGUAUAUGUUUUCCUUCAAGUUCUAAAACUCGUUGCUCAGAUUCUCGGAUGUAUGUUUUUUAAACAUUGACUCUGCAUUGUAUAUUUACAUAUGCAUUUUACUUUUUCACAAAAACACUUCUCGACAUGGGAGAAAAUAGUGCUAUGUGUGAGAAGGUUCUUCGUACCUUAGAAAAUAUCAUACAAAGAGAUUCAGAAAUACGAGAAUUCGCUAUUGUGCAGACUACCGAAAAUCUGAAAAACAAAUCUCCCAUCUUAUAUGAAGAAAACUGCCUUGGCUUAGAAUCAUGGUGUAAACCCUACCUUCAAAGUUACUCCCACUCAGUAUUGUUGAAAAACCGGAAAAAACUAUCACGUAAACAAAUGACUCUUGAUGAUAUGAAAAAUCUCAACCAUGUUUUAGUUGGUGGGCUUCUUGUACAACCUACUGUUGUUACGUUUUGGAAUAUGAAACGAGACCUGGUGGAAAAUGAUAUUUUGAACAUCGAACAAGAACUAUACUUCAAUGAGAUAUUAUUAUCCAUGUACCCAAAAUCCUAUGAAGCUUUUUCUUACCGAAAGUGGUUGUUAAGCUGUAAACUCAAGAAGGUUGAAAAUUUGAAUUUUUUUCAAAAUGAGAGUAAAGUUUGCGAGAGGACUGCUGUUAAAUCACCGAAUAAUUAUCAUUCUUGGAACUAUAGAAUAUGGUGUAUGGAAAUAUUGUUGCGAUCACAUCCUGAAAUAGCAAACAUUGUUUUGUUGGAGCUCAAAUUUUCCAUUGACUGGAUAACUAAUCAUAUAUCUGAAUAUACUGGGUAUAACUAUAGACAAUUUUUGAUACGCAAUAUGAAGAAUAUUGAAAGUAUUUCAUAUACAAUUUUUGAAAGUUUGAGUUUCAAUAAUGCAAUCAAAUAUUUAAAUCUCCCUUUCUAUAGCGAUGAUCCGUAUCAUAUAGUGAGAGCCUUGUUUGGCAAAUCAGUUUCACAUACUGAAAAUGAUGCUUAUCCUAAAUAUAUUAAUUUGUUGUCUGUUUUGUUGAAUGAUUUAUUUUAUAUAUCUGUAGAAUUAAAUUAUCUAUAUAGUAACCAUGAAUGUCUUUGGAGCUAUCGGAAAUUUCUCAUUAUAAAGUUAAUUGAACUAAUUUAUGACUACCAUGAGAUGAAAUUGGAUUUUAAACUUUAUAUUGAACACAAAUGUAUGGGUCGUCAUGUCUCAUGUAAUAUGUUGAGUUUGGAAAUUAACGAACUGAUUGCCAUGAAACCUGAGUUGCCCAACAAAAUUACUUCGUCUAGUUUUUACAACCUUUUACUGAAAAAAGAAAUAGAAUUUCUUGAAGCCAGCAAACACACAUCAAAUGCAAGUGAUAUCAAUCUAUCUAAACGACAUUUGAAAUGGCUGAAGCUUGCUAAUAUCUACAACUAAUUUGAAGUAUGCUCAAAUUUGUUGUGAGAUGUUUACUGAGGAUUUGUAAAAAUGUAUAUUAAAAAAUAGAAAUAUGUAAAAAGUAUGUUGUUUUGAAAAAAUAACAUUUUCCAAAUAUUCAA